AUGAACGGAGUAUUUGCAGCUCUACAGACGUUGAAGGUUAAAGACUGCAACUCAGUGCAGGAAAUUUUCCAGUUGGGUGCUAAGGAAAUGUUCAGUGGAGAUGAUAAAACACGGCUCAAGAAUAUAACCUUGCUUCGAUUGCCGAAGCUGAAACAAAUUUGGAGCACAGAUUGCCAACCAAGUCUUCACUUUAAGAGUCUGCAAGUUGUGCGUGUUGAAGACUGUGGAGAUUUAGAUUACCUUUUUCCAUUCUCCAUAGCAAAGCACCUACCUCAACUUGAAGCAAUUACAAUAAAGAGUGCUGAAAAGAUGAAGGAAAUUGUUUCCAAGAGAGAAGAACCCUUAGAUCAUCUUGUCAAAUUUGAGUUUAAUCAGCUAACCUCAAUCGUGCUUUGGAAUUUACAUGAUUUGCAGGAAUUUUGUGCUGGAAAUCAUAGUUUAUCUUGUUCAUCAUUAAAAGAAUUAGAGGUCUAUUAUUGUAAAAAAUUGAAGCUGUUCAAGACACAAGGUACACGUAGCCAAGGAAGUCUUUCUCAUGGUAAUCUCUGUGUCUCAACGCAACAGCCUCUUUUCACCCUUGAAGAGGUGAUUGACAACCUAGAGAGCUUAGGUCUAAACAAUGAGGAUGCUAGCAUGGUAUUUCAAUCGCAAGUUCCAAGAAACCAACUCCCCAAACUCAACUUUCUACGGUUGUACGAAUUAGAUGAUGCUCAAGCUACUUUUCCAUAUUGGUUUCUCCGAAAUAUAUCUUCUCUUGAGUGGCUAUUCAUUCAAGACUAUUCUUUCAAGGUGAUAUUCCCAGAAGAAAGGCCUCGAGAUGAGAAUGGAGAAAUUGAGAUUAAAACACAAAUCAAGAAGUUGACACUGUAUAAAUUGAAUGAACUCCAGCAUAUAUGCAGAGAAGGAUGCCAAUUGGACCCGGUUCUUGACGUUCUAGAAUACCUAGAUGUGGAUAAAUGUUCCAAUUUGAAGCACUUGGUGCCAUCCUCGUGGGUUGAUGUAUUUAAUUACCUCUGCAACUGCAAGAAGUCUGGUCAAGUUAACAACAUUAAAGAUAAUUGA